CAAAAAAUGUCAAAAAAAGAAACGCAAAUUUUAGUUUAAAUUUAUCUCAUAUCUUGUCUUUCUCUAUAAAAUACGAAAUGUUUCUCAAUAAAUUAUGCCAUAAGAAUAUAUUGCAACAAAUAAAAAUCCCAUCGUUGUCACAAAUAGCUAUUUCAAGACCAUCCUCUUCUACUGACUCUAGUAUCUCCGAAACAGUAGACUUGGCUUAUGCUUCUUAUGAGAGUACAUCAGAUGAAAGCUGUUCUAGACCUCCUUUGAUCAUUCUUCAUGGGCUCUUAGGAUCGAAAAAUAACUGGAAUAGUAUGAGUAAAGCAAUUCACAGAACAACUGGAAGGAAAGUGAUAAGUAUUGAUGCUAGAAAUCAUGGUGAUAGUCGGCACUCAUCGCAGCAUACCUAUAUACAUAUGGCACAUGAUGUUAUGAAGCUCCUAAAAAAAUUGGACCUAUCCAAAGUGUCUGUGUUAGGGCACAGCAUGGGUGGACGAACAGCUAUGGUUUUGUCACUACUAUGUUCUGACCUUGUAUCAAGUCUUGUAGUGGUUGAUAUUUCUCCAGUGAAAACUAGUCCACAAAUAUACUCUAUGGUCAGUUUAUUUGAUGCCAUGUCUGGAGUCAGUAUUAGAUCUGGCAUAGCAAUGUCUAAGGCUAGGAAAUUAGCAGAUGAACAACUUAAGGCAAUAAUUCCUGAUAUUAACCUGAGAAAUUUUCUGAUAACCAACUUGGUACAGACUAAUACUGGGUCUUACUCCUGGAGAGUGAAUCUGCCAGCACUGAAAGAUAAUUUCCAAUCACAUAUUUCUUGUUUCCCAAAUAAUUUGAAGGGUUUACAAUAUUGUGGACCGAGUCUGUUUAUUGGUGGUUCACUUUCAGAUUAUAUAGGAAAGUAUGACUUGCCAGAGAUUCAAGAAUAUUUUCCCUUGGCAGAACUCACUUUUAUAGAAGGAGCUGGUCAUUGGGUUCAUAGUCAGAAACCUGAAAAGUUUCUAGAAGUUGUUUGCAAAUUUUUAACUGAGAAAUAAUAGUACAAAAUCUCACUAGUACAAUUUUUGUUAUGUA